AUGAUUGCAGAGGCGGAAAACGAGCGACCCUGGCCCACACCUGGACUUCAGAAACCGACUUCAAGAAACAGCCCGCGCUGCAGAGCCAGCCCACAACAAACUAGAUUCCGGAACCGGAACCGGAAACAGAACUUGAAAGGACGACCUUUGACCGCCGCAAAAAUCAGGGCAGUGCCACCUUCGAGGGGCAUAGAAACCCAUCUCCGAUGUGGAAACUCGGGGGAGAAGCCGAAGCAGUUCUUUCAUUAUAAAAUAUGGCAAGAACACACCAAGUCCCGGGCAAAGCCAGAAGAUUUCACUUACAAAGAAAUUCACAUGAAGACAACAGGAUUUCGGGAACAUGCAUGUUAUCUCUCCGGGUGUGGCUUAACAAGAAACCAACAAGACAGAUCAGUUGUCUGUAUUGCAAAUCCCAAGGCCCAGAUUUCUGCCUGGGAUAUUCAUGAGGACAGGGAAGAUGGGGAGCCACAGCCCAAGCAGCUCAGAGAAGAGGAAGAGGAGCACAGGGAACUCAGGCUUCAGAACUAUGUCCCAGAGGAUGAAGACAUGAAGAGGUGUCGGGUCCCCCAGGCCAAACCAGUUGCAGUGGAGGAGAAGGUGAAGGAGCAGCUGGAGGCUGCCAAGCCAGAGCCUGUCAUUGAGGAAGUGGACCUGGCCAACCUGGCACCUCGGAAACCUGACUGGGAUCUGAAGAGAGAUGUGGCUAAGAAGCUGGAGAAGCUGGAGAAGCAGACCCAGAGUGCCAUUGCAGAGCUGAUCCGUGAACGGCUGAAAGACCAGAAGGACAGCCUGGCCUCUGCAGUGGCUGCCAACAUUGAACCAGAGGCCUGUGACUCCGACUGA